CUGCGCCUUGUGUAUGCAGAAUGCAAUAUGUAGGACGUGUUUUCACGACAUUGCAGGUUGGGCACUGAGUUUCCGGGCCGAGUUAAGUUGCAGGCAGUUUCAUGACACUGGUGUUCUUGAGAGCACGUUCUGGGGUAUCGUCUGGGUAGACUUUCCAGCUGUACAGUCUGUAUAUAUUUAGCAGAGUGGAUCAAAAAGAUGUCUCAAGAGGAAGAAGAUGAUGAACCACUGCCUGCCCAGUCCAGCCACUGCACAACCUGCACAGAAUCAGAGGCCUCUGAUGAUGUCUGUGAAGCCUCUGACAUGACCCAUCGGGGUGCCACCUCCCUCCUCACCGGUCGAAAGCGCCGAAGACGGACCAUCAUUGCGGCCGACCAGCUGAUGAAGAUGGAGGAGCUCUACAAGCAAGAGCAGUGGCCUGGACGGGAGAAGAAAGAAUCCCUGGCCAGGGAGAUCGGCAUGUCCACCCACUUCGUCAACAUCUGGUUCCAGAACAAGAGGUCCCGGAUGAAGAAACUGGCCCAAGAGGAGGAGGAGUUGGAAUUUCUUCGUAAAGCAAGAAGCCCGGGGUCAAAGGUCGACCCAGUGCAUGGCUCCAGUACGGGAACCAAGCCAAUUGCCAUCGCUCCAAAGCCACCCUUUGGAAAAACAGUUCCAAGUAACCAGAGCCCCAUUGCAGCAAUCAGAAUUCCUCAAGUGGGACCCUGUUUAGUCUUAGGCCAAAACAUCAGCAUGAAUGGUGGAGCUUCACCCAUCUCCUCGAGCCAGGUCACUGGAUCACCUGUGCAUCCAAGCCCCACAAUCAAAAUCCAAAAUGGCACAUCAAGCAGCACAAAAAACUCGGGAUUUGAGGUACUAAUGAUGGCCACUGCAACCCCAAGUUCACCUGUUUUAUUCCAACCUCAGCCGAUGGCAGUCAAUGCCCAGUUGACUCAGCUGCCCAUGCAAGCCCCAACCAGGCCGCUGAAUUUCUUCAAGUGCCUGGUUUCCAUGAUGGCCGUAGAGGAGGGCGGACUCCUCAAGAGAGGCAACCCGGAGUUUGACGUGGCAGUGAAUGCCGCCCUCUACGGCCUGCGUAUGGCCAACGGCAAUGUUCUGACGUACAGGAAGAACCGGGGACUGUUUAUCCACAAUGACCAGCACUGAACCAUUGACAGCUGUUUGAGACACUAUUACCAUGAAAGAAACAACUACGGAGCAUUGGUUUUGCUGUUGAGGGUGUAGCGUUCAUUCUGGGCGAAGAAAAGGAACGCCGUUCUUCCAGUUUUUGACGUUUGCAAUAUGAAGUGCCACAUUGGAGUACACUAUUUCUGAAAAAUGAAAAAUGAGGAGGACUGAUUUUUUUAUGUUGACCUUUGCAUUAUGCAGGUUUUAUAAGUUAAAAUAAAGUAAGGGUUGAAGAAAGCGGGUGCUCUAAUGCUUGAUUCAUUAAGUUAGACAUGUAUUUUGUCGAAUUGAGAUAGAACAGGUCAUAAAGUUGAAAUAUAUGACUAGAAUUUUCAUGUUACCCAGUAGUGGAAACUACACAGCUCGUUUCUGUAGGAUAAUUCACAGUCUAUUACAUUUAGACCUCAAACUAUCCCACGACAGAGCUUGUCUUCGAUUUGUAGAGUAAAUUGAUUAGUGUUAAAUUGGUAAACUGUUUAAUCAUUAAUGGUCAAUGAUGUAUAAUUGAGACAGCUGUAAAACUGUUCCCAGAAAGAAAUAGGGUCUUCAUAAUGUUUGUAAUAUUUCCCAUUCAUAAAUAUCAUUUGUUCAGA